AUGAACCCUUAUUUAGCCUAGUAUUAAGAACUUGAAAUUAUAGGUCGAGGCAACUUUGGUUCUGCGACAUUAGUUAAAGAAAUAGCUACAUAGAUUCUAUUUAUUGCUAAAAAAAUUAUUUUGGCUGGACUCAAAGAAAGGGAAUAGGAAUCAGCGAAAUAAGAAGCAGAACUUUUAAAAAGCUUGAAGCAUCCAAAUAUAGUAGCAUAUAAAGAUUCCUUUAUGAUAGAUGGUACUCUUAUUAUUAUCAUGGAGUAUUGUGAAGAGGGUGAUAUUGCUUUUCACAUUAAGCGCAAAAAAAAUAAAUAGGAGUAUUUUAGCGAGAGAGUAAUUCUCAACUGGUUUUUGCAAAUAGCUUUCGCUCUCAUAUACAUCCAUGAUAAAAAAAUAUUACAUAGAGAUAUUAAAACUUCCAAUAUAUUUGUGACAUCAAACGGAACUGUUAAAAUUGGAGAUUUCGGUAUAUCAAGAGUACUUGAGCACACACAAGAUUAAGCCUAAACUGUAGUUGGAACACCAUACUAUAUGAGCCCUGAAGUUUGUGAAAGCAAGCCCUAUACUCAAAAAUCUGAUGUGUGGGCUCUAGGCUGUGUCGUAUACGAGCUAUGCACUUUAAAGCAUGCCUUUAACUCAAACAAUCUUUUAGGAUUAGUAUACAAGAUUGUGAAAGAGUAAGUUGAAGAUAUUCCUGAAAUAUAUUCAAAUGAAUUAAAAAAUUUAGUAAAGUAAAUGUUUAUUAAAGAUGAUGCAUUAAGACCUAAUUUGCGCUAAGUUUUAGCAAGUCCCUUUUUAACUAAAACUAUGGAAGAAUUUGUGGAAAAUUAGGGAUAAAACAUAUAUUAAUCUGAAAUUCCAAUUCGUAAAACUAAUACUCAUAUGUAAAUGCAAUAGCAAUAGCAAUAUGAUGAUGGAUUAGGUGAAACUGUAAAAUCUCAGCAAGCUAAUGGUACAUAAUUUACAAUAGGUCAAACUAUAAAUUCAAUGUAGCAAACACAACAAUAGCGCUAUGAUUAAACUUUAGGAGACACUGUUUAAUCUGUCAACAUUCAAGGUGGAAAUUUAACUGCUAAGUAAAUGUUGUAAAUCAAAAAGCAAUAAGAGAGCGAUAAAAAGGCAUAAGAGCUGACAUAGGCUAUAAGAGAAAAUGCAUCAUUAGUAAAUAUUGCUAAAUAGCGUAAACUAGAAUAGCUAAAUCAUUAAAACGCAAGAGAAAAGUAAAACAUGGCUUAAACUAUGUAAUAAUAUUACAGUCAGUAACAAUAGCCAUAAUAACAAUACUAUUCUUCAACCUAAAAAUUCUAUCCUCAAUAAGGAUAGUAAGUACCUAUGAAUAACUAAAAUAUGAAUAUGCUCACUUAGCAAAUGGAAAUGCUCAGCGUUUCUUAAAACACAAACUAAUUUUAUAACUAGCCUUUUGAUCAUUCCUAUCAACCUCAGUAAAUGUAUAACAUGCCUAUAAAUAUGAGCCAAUAGCAAUAAUAGAACGAAUACAAUUAUAACUAAUACAAUAACCCUUACAAUUAAUAAUAAGCUAUGAAUUAGUACUAAUAACACAAUGAUCAGACCAUAAAAACUGAUAUUUAAAAUGGUAACAAAUUCAAUGCAACUAAUAAUGGGUUAGAUGCAUAUCAAGAUGAUUUCGAAGAGUAUAAUAGUGACUAAGAAGAUGAAAAAAAUAAUACCUUCUCAUUAACUGCUACAUAAAACCGUCUUACUCUAAGAGCUACAGAAUCUCAAAGAGAAGACGUCGUCAACAUUUAUAAAGAUAAUCUUAAAUUUAAAAACAAUGAUUUGGAAUCUAUUCAUGAAUAGUCGGGAGAAUAUAUACCUCAAACACCCCAGAAACAAGGAAAAGGAGAUGUACCUUAUUAAGAAAACAAAUCUUUCAACAGUAAAGUAGAUAAUCUAAGAAAAGAAUGCAUAAAUUUAUUAACAGAAGAACAAUUUAAUAAAGUUUAUAAUUUCAUCAAAUCUCGCGAUUACAUGAGUAACUAGGACUAUUAAGAGUUAAAUAAAUUAGUUGGAAGAGAUAUAAAAUCUAAAUGCCAAAGGGUAGAAGAGUUAGUUUACUUAGAAAGCAUUAGUCAUUGA